AUGAUCUGUCAUCGUGCCUGGAUUGCUCCAUCCGGUUUUCAACGCAACAAUCAACCGCAUCCCAUCACACUCUCUUGUUUUCUCGAUAGUCAUGUAUGAUAUACAAAAAUGACUGCAGAAGAAGAUUCUGCCUUUCUCAACGUUACCGAUGCCAGCGCCCUGCCUGACUAUGAUAACGAAUUCAUCGAUCCCGACGAUCUACGGCAGUUCCAGAAGGCGUUGUUAGACCAGGACGCCGAUCCCUUAGUCGCCCUCAAUGACUGGCGUCCAGUCUACCAGCGUGUCCGGAGGAAUCGUAGCCGCAAGAAGAAGCCCCGACGCAGCACGGAUGAGACGAGGGAAGGGGUGCUUUACAAUGUUCUCAAAUGGCCGUUUCUCCUCAUUGUGCUGGGGUGGAUCGCCGUCCUGAGCGUGCUCUACGCCCUGACCCGCUUCUAUAUCAUGUUCUAUGAGCACUGGGUCUCGUGGAGGGGCAAGCGGCAAAGCCUUCGGAAACAACUUUAUCAGCAGACAAAUUACCGCGAUUGGCUAAAGGCCGCCCGGGCGCUGGACGACCACCUAGGGAAUCAGAAGUGGAAAGAGACGGAUGAAUAUGCAUACUAUGAUCAUGCCACCAUUGAGAAGCUUGUCGGGCAGUUGAAGGAGGUGAGGGCUCAGGUGGAGGAGGACAUCCGGAACGGACAUCGGGGUGUGAGCGAUCCUCCAGCGGUAGAAGAGCUCUGCACACUGCUCGAGGCCUGCGUCAAGAACAACUUUGCAGGGGUGGAAAACCCCAGAUUGUACAGCGAAGCAUACUCGGGGACCAAGGACCUGGUGCAGGAGUACAUGGACGAAGUGAAGACGUGUAUUGAGCUGGUGUCGGGCGACAAGCAGAUCGACAAUGACGAUAAAUACCACCAUUUCAAGCAUCUGGAUACCAACUUCGGCCGGACCGCUCUGUGCUUGUCUGGCGGGGCUACCUUUGCUUACUACCAUUUCGGCGUCGUCCGGGCCCUGCUGGAUAACGGUGUGCUGCCUCAGAUCAUCACGGGAACAUCCGGGGGAGCACUCGUCGCGGGUCUGGUUGCCACUCGAACGGACGAGGAGCUGAAACAGCUGCUUGUCCCUGCACUAGCGCACCGUAUCAGGGCGUGCGAUGAUAGCUUCUCGACGUGGUUCAUGCGUUGGUGCCGGACGGGAGCCCGGUUCGACACGAAUGACUGGGCUCGCCAGUGCAGUUGGUUCUGCAGAGGCUCGACUACUUUCAAGGAGGCUUACGAACGGACCGGGCGCAUCCUGAACGUGUCAUGUGUGCCGUCCGAUCCCCAUUCGCCGACGAUCUUGGCAAAUUAUCUGACAUCACCUAAUUGCGUCAUCUGGAGUGCUGUGCUCGCCUCUGCUGCCGUCCCGGGCAUCUUGAACCCUGUCGUUCUGAUGACCAAGAAGCGUGACGGGACACUGGCGCCGUAUUCGUUCGGACACAAGUGGAAGGACGGGAGUCUGCGGACUGAUAUUCCCAUCAAGGCAUUGAACCUUCAUUUCAACGUCAACUUUACCAUUGUUUCGCAAGUAAAUCCACACAUCAACCUUUUCUUCUUCAACUCGCGAGGCACAGUCGGCCGCCCGGUAACCCACCGCAAAGGCCGCGGCUGGCGCGGCGGGUUCCUAGGCUCCGCAAUAGAGCAGUACAUAAAGCUGGACUUGAACAAGUGGCUGCGCGUACUACGCCACCUCGAGCUCCUCCCGCGACCCAUGGGCCAAGACUGGAGCGAAAUCUGGCUCCAAAAAUUCAGCGGCACCAUCACCAUCUGGCCCAAGACGGUCUUCUCGGACUUCAUCCACAUCCUGUCGGACCCAGACCCGGAGCGCCUCCGCCGCAUGCUCCGCAUGGGCCAGCUCAGCGCAUUCCCCAAAAUCCAGUUCAUCAAGAACCGCCUGCACAUCGAGACGGCUAUCGCGCGCGGGCUCGAUCAAUUCGCUCCGCCGGGCGAGGUGCGGCCCUCGCUGCGCUACCGCCCGCGUCCUGGCGCGCCGCCGCAGUCGGUCGUGGCCGAUGGGGACGUGCCGGGUGGAUUCCAUGGGCCGUUUACGGACGGGGAUACGGAUUCUUCGCUGGAGAUGGAGAGGCCGCGACGGGGGAGUUUCCUGCAGGAGAUGCAGAGGCAGUCGGCGGUGUUUUUUGAUGAUACGGAUUUGACGGGUGAGGAUUAGUCUGGCUACAGAAGUUUAUUUGGAUACGAGAAAGAAGCUUUCCAUAAUCACCCCUUACUUAGCGCUAUUUAAACUGUAUAUACACCUUCUCGGUA